GGGAAGCUCCACCCUAUGCGCCCUCUCUCGUGCCCUCGGCUCUUAAAGCCUAGUCCCCAUCCCAGCGGCCUUUGCGGGACCAAAAUGGCAGCCCCCGUGCCGCGGGGGUUGUUUUGUUUAUCCAAAGCUCUAGGAUGGUGGUCUCGUCAGCCAGUCCUGGUGACUCAGUCCACAGUUGUAGUUCCAGUGAGAACUAAGAAACGUUUCACACCUCCUACUUACAAACCCAAAUACAAAUCAGAAAAGGAGUUUAUAGAAUUUGCCCGGAAAGCAGGUCUGGUCAUUCCUCCAGAACGUUUGGAACGUCCCCUACAUCUGGCCUGUACAGCUGGUAUCUUUGACACCUACGUUCCUCCAGAAGGUGAUGCUCGCUUGUCAUCUCUUGCAAAGGAAGGUUUGGCACAGAGAAGUGAGCGAUUGAAGAAGAAGGUGGCAUCACAAUUGUCAAUCCGGAAGAUAAGAGAACAUGAUCCGAAUUUUAAAAUAAAGGACUUCCCUGAAAAAGCUAAGGAUAUUUUUAUUGAAGCUCAUCUUUGUCUGAACAACUCAGACCAUGACCGGCUUCAUACCUUGGUAACUGAAAACUGUUUUCCGGACAUGGUCUGGGACAUCACCUAUAAGACCGUCCGCUGGAGCUUCAUAGAAUCUUUAGAGCCACCACAGGUGGUUCAGGUUCGCUGUUCGAGUCUCCUGAACCAGGGCAACAUAUACGGCCAGGUCACUGUCCGCAUGCACACCCGGCAGACUCUGGCCAUCUAUGACCGGUUUGGCCGGCUGAUGUACGGACAGGAAGAUGUGCCCAGGGAUGUCCUGGAGUAUGUUGUGUUUGAAAAGCACCUGGUAAAUCCCUACGGGAGCUGGAGAAUGCAUGGCAAGAUCAUUCCCCCAUGGGCACCCCCUAAGCAGACCAUCCUUAAGACGGUGAUGAUCCCUGGGCCCCAGCUGAAACCCUGGGAAGACUAUGAAGAGCCACAGGGAGAGGCCUGUAAGCCUCAGCUAUCCUGAUGGCAAAAAUGACUCCUGGGUUGAAACAUGUGAUGAGGUGGCUGGACUCUGUGGAGUCUGGUAGCUGUGAAGUCCAUCAUCUCUCCAUCAUGCUAUAGAAAGAUCUACCUUUGUCCUUUCCUCUCCUGCUCAGGUGUUUCUAGCCAUCUCCUCGGCAACCAUGGCUGAUGGCUGGUCCCAGGUGGGUGGGUAGCUGAUAUGCACAUACAUGAACCCACUUCUUCUUUCUUUUUAAAUUGUAUGUCUAGGUUCUGAGUCUCAAUGGAAGGUAUGUUUUGGAUACCUGUUUUUUCUGCGGCAGAGACCAUCAGGAGCAAACUGGCAGAAUUUUCUUUUUAAUUACAAUGCAGGGAUUAGAGUUUGAAAUAAAACACUGUCAGGGUGUUGGACAAACUGUGGUGAGUUAUGUACCUGUCCCCGGGCUUAGGCUAGAAGUAGACCAGAAGGCAGAAAUGGAAGAUGGGCUGAACUGUGAGUGAUGUGGCUUCCAGGAAGUCCAGACGUGGGAAGAAUAAUUAGUGUUCAUUGAAGAUUUAAGGUUUUUUCUCAUAUACUGACUCACUUAAUCAGCAUUUGUACUUCAUAGAAGAAUGUAAAUCCAAAGAAAUCAUUUAUCCUUCAGCCUUUGGAUUGUGUUCCUAAUUAUCAGCUGCAUCCUGGUGUGGUCCCAGGAAGCAUGGGAGGAGCUAGGGGCCAUGGGGGAGGUGAUACAUUUGGGUAUUCCAUCUGUAAGACUUUGUUCCCUGAUUUUUAGCACCUCUUGGAGAUGGUGACUGUUCUUUCCAGUCCCCAUUGGUAAGGCAAAUGUACUAGAAUAUGAACCUGUUUUGAGUGAAGCAGCCUUGCCUCUCCUUGUUCCUGAGCUCUAGCUGGGCUGUCGGGAGGAAGAUGUGGGACUUGACCUGCUUCUGUGUCCUGGGUGGUCUGAGGUAUGACAAGGGAAAUCACUCUGUACCAGCAGCAAGCUUGGCUUGUACUAUAACUUUCAUCAGCCCAGUGUGGGCUCCCCUUAAAAAACAGGACCUUAAUUGUCAUACUUUCUAUUUUCCCAGCCUAGAAUUUUCUUUCAAUGAGUCUGUCACUUGGGGUCAGGAUUAAUCUGUUCUCACCUUAUUCUGAGAGUAGAAUCCAAAGAACGUAGAAUCAGGUCAAGAAUAACCUAACUCCUUGGAGUGCCUGGGUGUCUCAGUCAGUUGAGCAUGCAACUCUCAAUUUUGGCUCAGGUCAUUA